CGGCCCCGCCCCCGGCGCGCGCUGCGCAGGCGCGGCGGGAGGGCCGGCGAUGAGCGUCCUGCUGCCCAAUAUGGCGGACUUCGACACGAUCUACGAGCUGGAGGAGGAGGACGAGGAGGAGCAGGAUGAGCCCGAGCCCGUGGUGCGGAGCCAGGAGCUGCCCCGGCCCCGCGACGCGCCCGAUCCCGUAGCGGUACGGGGCGCCGGGCACAUCACCGUGUUUGGCUUGAGCAACAAGUUUGAUACAGAAUUUCCUUCUGUUCUGACAGGGAAGGUGGCCCCUGAGGAAUUCAAGACCAGCAUCAGCCGAGUGAACGCCUGCCUGAGGAAGAACCUCCCUGUCAAUGUGAAGUGGCUGCUCUGUGGCUGCCUGUGCUGCUGCUGCACUCUGGGCUGCAGCCUGUGGCCCGUGGUCUGUCUUAACAAAAGAACUAGAAGAUCAAUUCAGAAGUUAUUAGAAUGGGAAAAUAACAGAUUAUAUCAUAAGCUUGGUUUGCACUGGAAGCUGAGUAAAAGGAAAUGUGAAACUAGCAAUAUGAUGGAAUAUGUAAUAUUAAUAGAGUUCUUACCAAAAUACCCCAUAUUUCGACCUGACUGAGGAACAACAUUGGUCUUUCAUGUUACCUGUCAUUUUCUACCCUUAGUGCCUUGUAGAUGAUUUUGGAAAGAAGAUGGUCUACUUUGCUGUGACUUAAAAAUGUUCUUCAGUAGAAAUCUUCCUUGCUGUUACUUUCUUUUGUUAAGAAGAGAACAAUUUGCACAUUUUUUUAUGUUAAACGAGGCUUCUAUGUUGCACUCUGAAUUUUUAACAUUACCAGUAACUGAUAGAGUUGCCACUAGGGAUCUUAACAUCAGUGCUGCUUAAACUUGUUCUGAGCAUGCUGCCUUAUUAAUUUCUCUCUUUGCUGUCCUCCAACAUGCAUCCUAAAGCUGUGUCAUCCUAUAUUUCAUCCUAAGUGUUGCAAUCCUAGAAACCCUCAGUAGGAAUGUCCAGGUAAACUCCAGUAGUAAUGAUUUUAGUAGAACCUGCUUGCAUAGAACUUGCAAUCAACAGCACUGGUUUUGUCCUGCACUUUGCAAAAUCAUCAUUUACAUUUAGGGGGGUUUCAUUAGUUUACCCACUAUGGAUUUGUAAAUAUUUGCAUUAUGUAAAGUGUGGUAUGCCAAGGUUUACAGAAUGUAUUAUAGCUCUUACUCUAUUGCCAACAGUCCCCCAGCAUCUGUUCCAUGUGCUCGUUCCCCUGGGAUUGUACAGCCCCACCCACACUGGUUUUAUGGGAAAGCCAUAAAGAGUUUGUACAUAUGUCAGAUGUGUAGGGCUCAGUUGCACUUUGUUUAGUGAAUGGAUGAAAAAUGCAUUGCAUUUCUGUCUUUAUUUUGAAAACUAUUUCAGGUGGUGUUUGCAGCACCUGAAAUACAAAGCUGAAAUCUUCACCUCUGCAGCAGCUGCCUUUGUGGGAUAGAUGGCAGCUGCUAUUAACAAAAUACCCUAAAGUCUCUUCUGAAGUGAGGAAUAUACGGUUGUUAAGUUCUGUUUUGUUUUAAAGUCAGGUUAAAUUAACCUCAAAUCGGAGAUCUUUGUUACAGAGGAGAAAAAUGAGGAAGAGCCAAAUCCAAGCUGAAGUAGCACCUUUGUCAUUGUUGUGGUGUGGUUGUACUUCAGCAUUUUUACAGUUAAGUGACAUGAAGUCCCUUGCAGUGGAAAUAGGUUUUAUCUCAGUCAAAGUGAAGUUUUAAAACAUGCUGAGGGGAGGAAGUGCAGCAGUUGAAAGGGCUCCUGAAUAUGUUUUGGCAGUCAGGCACUGUCUGGAAAGCCAGGAAAGCCCUGUGGAAUUCAGUAUUAUUUUGGAUUCUUCCCUGUUUGCCUGAUCUCAGGAAGGGAAGUCAUUGUAGAAAAACUUCCUCUAAUGGCUGACCUAAGCAAGAGCACUUAAUAAAAGAAAGCAAAUGGAAAUUGUUGCAAGUUCCCUGCCCUUCCUAACUAGAAAUAACAAAGCCCAGCAGAUAACUGAGCAUCAGCAAGUUGUGGUGGAUUUCAUUAUCAGUGUCUAGGCAUUUCUUUGCAGCAUCUUGACUCCCUGCAACAUCAUCCCAAGUUGCUUUUUAGUUUCAGGGUGACUUGGGGUUUCCUCUGAAUGUAUUUGCAUCUCUCCAGUUUGCAAUAUGCUAUUAAAAUACAGUAUUUGUAAAACCAUUGCAUCCUAAUACCUGUAGUAGGUCAGAUUCCUUGUACACAGUGUUUACAGAAGGCCAGUUUUAUGCAAGUUGUUACUCAAAGGGAAGUUUGUGCUGUUUCCAGUCCCAGACUGAUGGUUCAGAGUCUGAAAUCUGCACAUUUCACGCAGAAACUUUGUUUGACUGGUAGAUUGGUGACAACUAAAUGUGUAAUUGCAUUUGUGACAUGAAUAAAAACCUCCUGUGUUGUUUGAAAUUAUCAUUAGCUGCACCUUGCAACUCAGAUUUCCAUUGCAGAACUAAGCAAAGUGUUGUCUCCAAUUUAUUUCCUUUUUUGGGGGGAUGAGUGUUAACUGGAAGCAGAGAAAAUAAUGGCAGAAAAAGGCAGAGUAAACCAAAACUGAAUUGGCACACCCAGUUCUUUCCUUGGGUUUCCCUGACAAAUGAGUUUCUGGAGUAAUUAACAGAACAAUGGAAGUUUCUUACUGUUCUGCCAGAACUUUGUUGUGCAAAAAACCUCAAAAAAUCUCAGCAGGUUCUGAUUUUCUUCUUCACAUGUCUCUUGUUUUCUCCCUGUACUUUUCCAAGUGGGAGAACAGGCACUUCCCAUGGAACCACGGGAUGGGUUGGGUGGGAGGGACCCCAAAGCUCCUGUCAUUGCACCCCCUCCUUCCACUAGCCCAGGAUGCUCAGAGCUCCAUCCAAACUGGCCUUGAACACUUAAGCACAUAAUAUUAAUUUGUAAAGUUUACAUUCUAAGUACAUAAAUCCUAUACAUUUUAAUUUGUCCUUAAUUAUUAAUUGUGCAGUCUCCAAACCAUCAAUGGGUCUUGUCUUUGUGUUUUAAUUGACAUUUAAUUAUGUGGCCAUAAAGCAACUGGUAAUGAACCAGAGCCAAACCUGUCAUUUACAGUAAGCUCCAUGUUUUAAUAAGUAGGUAAAUUUGCAUUAAAAUGCAAAACCAGCAGCAGUAUUAUAUUUGCAUGUGAAAGACACAGGAUUCAUAGCUCACUGCAAGGUGAAGGCAGCUGGCAGUAUUGCUGUCAACUCUGUAGUUCUCAGACUACAGGUUCUUUUUACUUGGGCUGUCCUUUAAUACAAGAACACCACAGGUAAUUCUGUCUCCCAAGACUGAAAAUCUCAUUUUUGACAAUAAAUGAUCAGCAUGAGUUGGUGAAGUGUUCAGGGAGGGUUUCUGUCAGAAUUUGUAGCAGUGUAACAGAUGAAUGUCAGCAGAGUGAGUGGAAGUGGUAAAGAAAGUGCCUUGGCUGGUUCCAACACCAUUGUGCAGAGAAGGAGAAAAGGGAACUGGUCCCUCUCAGGAGUGGGAGUUUGCAGCAGAUUUUUAAAAGCAGCUACUGUCUACCAAAUCAGUGUUUAUUUCUUCACAUCGACAUGUUGACACUAAUUUUGCUUCAAAAUUUUAUCCAGGAAAUCUUUGGGUUUGUAUCUAGAAAGUUUUGUAUCUAGAGAGUGCUGAAGGAGUGCAGAACUCUGGCAGAGCAUCAAAGCUUUUCCUCAGCGAUUCCCCACCUGCUCCUGCAAAGGUGUUUUCCCAGAGGAGGAACACAAAAGUGUUCAAACAUGCACACCCAAGUCUAGGUAGAGUGUGGGGUCAGUUGUAAAUGGGUGACUUUAAAACAGAAAAAAAAAAUAUUAAAUCUGGUGUAGUUUUGAUAAAUGCAAAAGAAAAAGUUCCUGUGCUUUUCUUGAUAGGUACAAAACUCCAUAUGCAAAACCAUAAAUUGAUGUUUAUUAUUGUCCCACUGACAGUUUACUACAUUUUCUUGUCAACACACUACCAUUGGAGCAAUAAAAAUGUCAAGCUAUUAAUAUUCGCCAUCAGUUAUUUAUCUCUUUAGUAAGCAAUGUUAUGUGAUUCUUCUGCCAUUCUUUUGUUUUCUGCUUUUGGUGUUCUUACGGUGUUGUAACAUACUUGUAUUGCUUCUGAAAAGUGGUUUUGUUUAAGCUGUAUGAAACUGUGUUCUUAACACUUUUAUUCUGUUUACAAGUGAACAGCCACUUUUUUAACAGGACCUCACAUCUGGAGAGUUUUCUCUCUGUUUUUUAUUUUAAAUGAAAAAUAAAAUUCUAACUGAGCUUGCUUUCUACAAUUUACUGCACUGGCUUGUGCCAUUGAAAGAAGCUGGAAGUCAGACAUGCUUCAUCACUUUGAGACAUUUUUCUUUAAUUAAAUUCAAAGAUGAAAACCUUGAA